GACGAAGUUGAUAGUUGUAAAGAUACGUUGGUUGUUGUAAAGGUGCCGACAAGAAAAAUGGGAGAGCCGUCAUUUUUAUAGCCUGGCGGCUGACUGUUGCUCUUGUGACGUCCUGCCCAGAAUCCGCAAUGGGCAACGCGCUAGCGCACAUCUCUGAAGCUAGUAUUUCCGUUUGCGGCAUUCUGAGGACGACUCGUUCAAGAUCCGUAGAUACCACUAACCAUAGUGAUCGAUGUUACCGUCAUCACUUUCGAUGCCUGGAGAAUGAUAAAAAGAACUGUGACGCCCAUCCCUCGUCAACUAUCACUUUGACUAUUCUCCACCUACACCAACACCUCCACACCUUAUCGCGGCGUAUUGCCCGUACUACUCCCUUGACCCAAAAAAGAACGACCACUACAAGUAUCAAGAUGGUUGCCCUUCCUCUUGUCGUCAUUGACCCUUCCGGACACCACCGCCCGUGGGUCCAAGCUUCCGCCGCUUCCGCCGGUUCCCUUUCCGUCCUCUUGAACGGCACGCGAACCGGUUCUGCGGCGACCAGUACUCCCUCACUCCAGAACCCAGAUGCAAGCAUGUCUGCUUUUCCUGAUUUCGACAAAAUCGCCCUUUACACCAUGGGAGGCAUCUUAGGGUUCAUCCUAAUUCUCGUCAUCCUGGUAUUGUACCACUUGUGGGGUUGGGCGAGCUCGCAGUACGACUUCACCCUUCAUUUGAAGAAACGAGUGGAAGACCUUGAGUCCAAAGCAGCUGUCUUCGUUGCCGCCUUGAAUGUUGGCAAUGAGGUUACCGAAAGCGUGCAGCCGCCUGAGUACGCUGCAAGGCCUGGUGCAGAGGAGGUGAAUAUUUCGGUUGACACAAUCCAAAUGGUUCUGGCCGAUCAAGUUACGAACAGCGCAGCUCAGGAAGUUAUGAGCGCUUUGAGCCCGGCUGAGGUUGAUAUCUCUACGCAAGCGGUUGACCACUCAACUGAAGCCGUUGACGUCACCGCUGAUUCUCAAAUAGAAGGGUUUGAGGUAGAGCAGGACAUCGAAGACAAAGACGACGACUGUGAUGAAUUGGAGAAGGUGCAAGAUGGUACGGAACUUGCCUUUGUUGCUUCUCGACACGGUGAGGCGCAUCUUGUUGACGAGUGUGUCCAUGAACACUACGCGGGCGUGAUGAGUGGUAGGGGCGGAACGGACGAUUUUGGUGAUGCUGGCAAGUGCGAUAUGUAAGCCUGGUGGAGCAUGAGAUGUUUCGAUGUGCUCUUUGCGUCUCUUUAGUGUUUCACUGUCCUUUCCCUGUCCCGGCAGGAAAGGACUAGAUUCGGUUGGUCAGCAUCAGUUUUUUCGCGUAAUAAUAAAUUAAAUGAAUCGAAAAACUGGUGGUAAUAAGUGGUUCGAUGAUAAAGAUUAUGGUUGCUUCAGCGGUAACCCGACCUCUGACUUUCAACGCUAUGGUAUGCGCAGCCUAAUGAAAAAAACGGCGAGCAACCUUGAACUAUGUUGGUGCU